AUGCUGAAAACAAUAAGAAUCCAAGGACUUGUUGCAUAUGCAGUUGCAAUUCUAAUAGUAGUCUCCAUGAUUUCAAUAAUCCAUCAGUAUGAUCAGAAGAGCCAUGAGUUGGAGCCUCUGAUAAUGGCUCAAGGCCUCCAAGUUCUACAAAACACCAAAUGGAAAGUUAUUCCAGGAAAGAGAAUUUGGCACUCCAAGAGAAGUUUAACUUACGCCAUUUCAAACAUGGUGGAAUCAGAUAUCAUAUCAAGAAACGACAUCAGAUCUUCUAUUGCCUCAGCUUUUUCAUCAUGGGCUUCUGUGAUAACCCUCACUUUUGAGGAGAUUGAUAAUUUCAAGGCAGCAGAUAUAAAGAUUGAAUUUUUUUCAGGUGAGCAUGGAGAUGGGUCCCCAUUUGAUGGAAAGAUGGGUAUAUUAUCCCAUGCAUUUGCUCCUGAAGAUGGAAGAUUUCAUCUGGAUAGUGAUGAAAUAUGGACUGUGAAUAUUGGUCGCACAGAUGAUGAAUGCGCCAUUGAUCUGGAAACUGUUGCACUUCAUGAAAUCGGGCAUCUCAUUGGAUUGGAUCAUUCUAAUGUUACAGGCUCUGUAAUGUUUCCCAGCAUUGAGGCCAGGUCUGUUAAUAGAGAGCUCAAGCCUGAUGAUAUAGAGGGUGCCAGAUAUCUUUAUGGUCCUUCCAACCAUUUUAAUAACAUGCCAGAGCCUGGAUCUUAUUAUUAUACUGCUGCUACUAUGCCUGCCCCACUUCCUUGCUUUUCUAUCUUGUUCCCUUUUAUCCUCUCUAGUAUUUUGUUUCUCUGUGGUUGA